AUGUCUACUUAUUCAGAGGAAUCUUUUAACUCCAAAUUUUACCAAGAAAACCGGCCUUCUUACCCCGAAACUUUAUUCAACGCGAUAAUGACCUACCACAAGGGGGGCAAGGCAAAGGCAGUAGAUGUUGGCUGUGGCACUGGUAUUGCUACUUUUCCUUUGUUACAGUACUUUAACGAAGUAGAUGGGUUGGAUCCCUCCGCGACAAUGUUGGCAUGCGCUGAAAUUUUAAAAAAGUCGUUCACUGCUGAUGACCAACACCGUGUAGCAUUUAAAUGUUGUGCCGCCGAAAACUUGACCAAUGUUCUUGAUCGGAACUCCACUGAUAUGGUUAUUGGGGCAGAAUGCGUUCACUGGAUGAAUCAUUCAAAAUUCUUUGAACAGGCCCAUGCUAUCCUGAAGCCUGGAGGAACAUUAGCAUUCUUCUUUUAUGUGGAGCCCAUAUUUUUGGACUACCCUGAGGCUAACCAAAUUUAUGAGAAGUACGUUUACGAGGAUCCGAGGUAUAUGGGUCCCAUGUGGAAACCAGGCAAGGAAUAUUUGCGGAAUUUUGGAGAGUCAAUUGAAAUCCCAGAAAAGAUGUUCACAGAUAUUGAAAGACAUGUUUACCGUCCCCUGGUAUCCAAGCAAAAAACAGAAUACUAUGAGUAUCGGGACUCCUUAACCGUAAGCGACUUCAGAAAAUAUCUUCGUAGUUGGAGCGCAUACCAUUCAUGGCAGCAGCAAUACGGUGAUACUGGUAUGGAUGUCGCCGAAAUGAUGAUCGCCGAACUAAAGGUAUGCUGCGGUUGGGAUGAAACAACCACCAAGCUAAGAGUGGAAUGGGGAACCGCAUACUAUAUGGCCCGGAAAAUAAACCACUGA